CCCCGAUCGACGCCGCAGUUCGACCGGAAAGCCUCGAACAGAGAGCCAUAAGUGCCGUUUCCGCCGCCGCCGCCCUCGCUACUCACUCCUGCAGGCCCCAGCGACGUUUACACCAAAGCGGACCGACACAGACCGCUCUUGUAACAGCGCAUGGCUAGCAGAGAUAAUAGAGACAGCGGCGGCCUCCGCGUGACAGAGCGCCAGCCAAUUUAUAACGGUCCCAGCAGCUCAGCGCCGUCCAGCCGCAAAAAAAAAUCCCGCCGCCCCCACGCGCCGCCACCGCCGCCUCCACAGCGACCGCAGCAGCAUUUUAACCCGAACGAAGUGGAGUACGAUAUGGUCGAGUCGGAGCGGCAGUUGCCCGGCAGUGAGAUGCCCUAUUAUCGCACAGACAGCGCUCCAAAUGCUCAGGGCUUUCCUAACAGCAUGCUCGAAGCAGGUAAUGGUUACUCGUCUAUGAAAACUCCGAUUGAGCUCAAGAAGCCGCCCAGCUCUAAACAAAUGCGUUCUGUAGAUGAGAGCUCCGAGGACAGUUUCGAUAACGGCAGCUACGUGACCGACAAGAUCCAGGGCGGUCCUAAUGAAGGCAUCGGCUGGUUCCACGCGAAGAUUAAGGUCGAGAACUCCAUCCACUGGGCCAACAACUACAAGAUCCAGUGCAUCAUGUUCUUCAUCUUCAUCUGCGGAGCUGCAAUGACCGUCGCCUUUGCGGACAAUGACGCCGACGCGUCUGUUGGACUCGUGGCAGGCAGUCUCAUCACGCUUUUCUGUUGUUGUGCCGUGGUCUACACGUUCCUGACGCGCCCGACCUGGCGGAAACACCCGAACCCCAUCAUUUUCUUCCGCAGUAUCUGUGAUAUCUGUCUGGUGGCGGUGCUGCUCAUCACGGAGCUGUACAAAUGUGGCAGUGGCGACUGCUCCAACACACUUACAGGGGCGUCUUGUACGGCCACAGCGGCACUGACGCAGUUCUUUCUCUGGACGUCGGAGAGUUGGUUCUUUGUGAUGGCUAUCGACAUGCUGUCGUCUCUGCAAAGUCCGUUCACGGACUACAAGAGCAACGUUCGUCGUUACCACGGUUUUGUAUGGGCCACAGGUCUGCUGACGUGUAUUUUGCUGGUGUCCAUCCCCGACUUCGCCGGUGAAUCCGAAUUCGGAUACUGCUGGACUGCGAGCAAGAGCAAGUUGCGUCACGACCACAGUGAAAGUUCAGAUUCAAGCGAGACGGGCAACCUUUGGAACCUCAACUUUCAGUCGUGGUUGCUAUUCUACAUUUGGCUCAUUUUGUACUGGGUUUACGCCAUCACUGUUAUUUUCUGGGCGUACAGACGUCUUAACUCCGGUUUAUCCGAGACACUGCGUAUGCGUCUUCGCGUGUUGCACUCAGUCACGAUCUAUGUGAUCGCCAUUAUCAUCUACUGGGGACUUUCUUUUUGUAUCUACGUGCCGUUUCUGGUGCAGGGCGACGAACGUUCCAGCUGGGUGGAGCAAAUGAUGAACUUUAUGAUCACGUGCAAGGGUUACUUCGACUUUGUGGUCUGGUUCCAGAUGAACGAUUUCCACGAAGUGUCGAAGAAGGGCAAAGGGAAAAAGGCGGACGUUGAUGUGGAUGUGGAUCUGAGUCCGCAAGUGAAUCUGGCUCUGCGUUGCGAGGUGCUGUACUACACGACGACAGGUAUCAUUCAGGCGGUGCGAGACACGCAGCACCUUCCGCCUGGCGCCAACCAACAGGAGUUGUAUCUGCAACCUCAAGGCACUGAGGACAACCGUGGAUCACUUGGUGUGGACGAGUAUAUGAUCCGAACACGACCGAAAGCAGCACUGGGCAAGGGCACGUUAUUUAUUGACUACUGUCCCCACACUUUCCAGACGAUCCGUGAGCACUUUGGCAUUGAUACGAGUCGAUACAUUGAGAGUCUCAGUCGAACGACCAAGGAACGUCUGAGUGAAGGAGCAAGUGGCGCCUUUAUGUUCUUCUCGCACGACCAGCAGCUGAUUGUGAAGAGUAUGAGUGACGAGGAGUCGGUCUUCCUGCGCUCGAUCGCCGCCGAAUACGCUUCUUUCUUGCUUACCAACCCAGACAGCUUGCUGACUCGGUUCUACGGAUGUCACGCCAUUCGACUGUACGGCAACACGUUCAAUUUUGUCGUGAUGGCCAAUUUGUUCAGUACGGAGAAGGUGAUUCACCGUCGCUACGACAUCAAGGGGUCGUGGGUGAACCGCAGUGCCAAGCACCCUUCUAAGGGCAAACGAGUUACGUGUCGCCACUGUAACGCCAAGUACGUGUUCGGUUCGACUGAUGCUGAGAAUUGCCGGGCACGAGUUGGUCGUCACGAGCCUAAUGUGAUUCUUAAGGACAAUGACUUGACGGCUAAAGUUCGACUGGACGCGAAGGUCGCCGAAGAGCUGUACGACCAGGUCGUUAAGGACGCCAACUUCUUAUCGCGCUUGGGGAUUAUGGAUUACUCGCUUCUGCUGGGUAUCCACAACGUGGAGUACAUGGUGAACCCGGACCUGGAGGAAGAACCGGUUAUCCCGCCGAAGGAUGCGGUUGGACCGAGACGUCGUACCAUCAACAAUUCCACAAUGAACGGUGCGCCUUUGAGAGAAUCCAAGCCUCGUCAGCAUCUCCCACGUGUUGCCACGGGCACGCGUCGAGCGAACACCGUCGUGGGUCCAUCGAUCUACUACUUCGGUCUCAUUGACAUUCUUCAGACAUGGAACAUGGACAAGAAGUUGGAACGUUUUGCCAAGACCAAGUUGCUGGCGAAGGAUGCUGAUGGAUUGUCGGCUAUUCCUCCUGCUGCGUACUGCGAGCGCUUUAAACGGAAGAUGGGCGAGAUUUUGUCCGUGACCACCCGCGAGGAGUACCCGGAGCGCUUUGUAGGCGAGCGGAGGGGGAGCAACAGUGGCACAGUCAAUGGAGAUGCAGACCCCAACCACCGUUUUUUUUAAACCGUGAGGCCUUGGUGGGAAACGAAGGCGAUGGUGAAGCCCCCCACCGAGGGCCCGCCCUCACGGAGCGGAAGAAGUUGCAUCCCCUGCUAGGAGGGUUUUUAUGUUGACGACGUGCGGCUGCAAGUCAGCGGGUGUACUUUAGAUGAAACUACACAAGCAGCCAAGAGCACCAGUCCCAGCGAACUAGUUAAUCAACCAACCGAUAAUGAAUCGAGCCAUGCAGUUUUGAUUUCUA